AUGGAUUCUUUGAUAAAGGUUCAGAUUAACUCUAACAAAACAAUAAGUAAGGCCAGAAGUAACUUUAAAAAGUCACCCAAAGAUCGUUUGACUGUAUCAUACAUAGAAACGCGGCUUGAAGCUUUAGAAUCACAGUGGUCUUCAUUUGUAGAUAUUCAUAAUAAACUUAUAGCUAAUUAUGAUGAGGAGGAAUUAGAAAUUAGUAAGUAUGUCACCUGUAAUAUUUAUGAAGUUACCCAAGAAUUAUUUUUUGAUUACAAGUCUGAACUUAAAGAUAAAUUAAAUGAAAUUAAACCUAAUAUAUCCAUAAUUUCUAAAAUAAAUAAUAGUUCUAAUGAACAAGCUCAUAGUGUCAGAUUAGCUAAAAUUACUAUCCCCAUGUUUUCAGGCAGUUAUUCAGAUUGGACUAGCUUCAGAGAUCUGUUUAUGUCUCUUGUACACACUAAUAGUGCAUUGGAUAAUGUACAAAAAUUACAUUAUUUAAAAACCCAUCUAUCAGGAGAAGCUGAACAACUAUUAAGACAUGUUCCUGUAACUAGUGAUAAUUAUCUUGUUUGUUGGAAUCAGUUGGAAGCUAGGUACAAUAAUAAACGAUAUAUUGCAAAUUCAAUCUUAAAAAGAUUUAUGAGUCAAAAGAACAUUACAUAUGAGUCAUCAAAUACAUUAAAGGAACUAUUAGAUACAAGUAAUGAAUGUAUAAAUGCUUUAACUAAUUUAGGCCUUCAAACUGAAACUUGGGAUAUUAUUAUAAUUCAUAUUUUGUCUCUUAAGUUGGAUACAGAAUCUCGAAAAUUGUGGGAAUCGAGAUUAAGCGAUAGUACUGAAUCUUUACCAACUUAUAAACAAUUUUCUGAGUUUUUAAAUCAAAGAUUUAGAUCACUUGAAUUUUUGGAUACUAGGUUAACUAAAAGUAUUAUUAAAACAAAAGCGCUGCAUGUUACUGAAAUAAUGAAAUGUCCAUUUUGCUCAGAUAAUCACAGAUUAUCUAAUUGUAAGAAAUUUGUAAAGGAAGAGCCAGAAGCACGUCGUAGUUUCGUGCAAACUCAGGGAUUUUGCUUUAAUUGUUUUGGCUCUAACCAUUCUGUAUAUUCGUGUCGUGUACCAUCCAAGUGUAAAAUUUGUCAAAGAAAACACCAUUCGUUGCUACACAUGAAUUCUAUGUCUAAAACAAGAGACAGUGUCAAUCCACAGAAUUCACCAGGAGAAGAAGAACAAAAUAUUGUUAAACCAGAAAUUAUAGAAGAAGAUGAAACAACCGAACGUAUUACCACAUGCCACAUCAAUAUGCAAGGCCACAUUUUACUGCCUACUGCAUUAGUGGGGGCAAUGACAAAAUCAGGUACAUAUCUAACACUACGGUCAUUAUUGGACCAAGGAUCGCAGGCUUCGUUCAUAACGGAGUCAGCAGUUCAACUUCUUGGACUGCAGAAGAAAGCAAGUAAAAGUUAUGUAUCUGGAUUAGGAAGUGAUCGGGAUUCCGUUGUGACCUCACAAUGUGUGGUCAAUAUUAACAUACAAUCACUAAUUAAUCCAAAAUUUGUUACGCAGGUCAAAGCUCAUGUUUUGAAAGAAAUUACCACAUUGCUGCCGGAUAAGGAAGUUCCUGUGCAGAGGUGGUCAAGUAUACCAGAUGUAAGGUUAGCAGAUCCUACUUAUAAUAUGCCUAAUAAGAUUGAUAUACUUCUAGGCUCAGAUGUAUAUUAUCAAGUUAUUCAAGAAGGUUUAAUUAGAUGCGGACCAGAUAUGCCAGUGGCCCAAAAUACUAAACUGGGAUGGAUAUUAUCUGGUAAGGUCUCAUCCUCAGUAAUUGGAGUAAAUGAGAAGGAAUCUAUGUUAGGUUGGGCCAAAGAAGCAAUUUUAGAAAUAGUAUUUAAUUUUAUGGAAGGGUUAAAAAAGUUAUUUGAUGAAAAAUGUUCAUUUAAUUCAUUAGGAGAAAAGGAAGAUAAACUAGAAGGGUUGGAACAUUUACUAAAACCAAGAGAACGCAGAAACUUCCAAAUAUUGGCCGAAGAAGUGUUAGAUAGAUUGUUAAUAAAGUAUUGA